AUGAAUUGGUUAAUUUCCAGAGACACUUAUAUACUCAAAAAAUUUCAUUUACGAGUCUUAAACAAUUUAGUUAUUCAGCACACAAAUCCAAUUUGGUCUACAGCAAGAUUUUUAUCUAGUAAUACUAAGAAGAAAAGAUUAAUUAAACAAAAUAUUUUUGAAUUAUCUAAAGUCUAUGAUCCAUCCCUAGUGGAAAAAGAUUGGUAUCAAUAUUGGGAAGAACAAGAGUUAUUCACACCACAGUUUGAGAAAGAUGGUAAAAUUAAAAAAGAAGGAUUAUUCUGUAUACCUGCCCCUCCCCCCAAUGUUACAGGUGCAUUACACAUUGGUCAUGCCUUAACCGUCUCUUUGGAAGAUUCUAUGGCUCGUUUUUAUAGGAUGAAAGGUAAAACUGUCCUUUUUGUCCCUGGAUUUGAUCAUGCUGGUAUUGCUACACAAUCUGUAGUAGAGAAGGCAAUAUGGAAGAAAGAGGGAAAAUUAAAAUUAGAUUAUACAAGAGAACAGUUUAUUGAAAAAUUAUGGGACUGGAAAGAAUUGUAUCAUUCAAGGAUAAAAUCUCAAUUCAAAAGGUUAGGUGGUUCCUAUGAUUGGUCUAGGGAAGCUUUUACCCUUGAUGAUAUAAGAUCUAAAGCUGUAAAUGAAGCAUUCAUUAGAUUAUUUGAUGAAGGCAUUAUUUAUAGAGACAUGAGAUUUGUUAAUUGGUCUUCAAAACUUAAAACUUCAAUCUCUAAUCUAGAGGUAGAUACCAUCGAUGUUAAGGGAAAGACGUUAUUAAAAGUUCCAAACUAUGAAAAACCCAUCAAGUUUGGUAUGUUGUAUUAUAUUGCAUAUGAGGUAAUUGACUCUCCUACAAAUGAAAAAAUAGUCGUGGCCACAUCAAGACCAGAAACGAUAUUUGGUGAUGUUGCUAUUGCUAUACACCCUGACGAUGAAAGAUAUAAACAUCUACAUGGUUGUUUUGUGAAACACCCAUUUUUAGAUAAGAAGUUACCAAUUAUAUUAGACAAAUUAUGUGUUAAUAUAGAGUUUGGUACAGGUGCUGUAAAGAUAACACCUGCCCAUGAUGAAAAUGAUUAUCUUGUAGGGAGACGUAAUAACUUACCAAUUGUUAAUAUUCUGUCUGAUGAUGGGUGCCUAAAUGAAAAUACUGGUCCAGAUUGGGAAGGUAUGCCGAGAUUUAAGGCUAGAUCAACGAUUAUCGAGAAAUUAAAAGAAAGACAACUCUUUGUAAAAGAGGAAGAAUAUUCAACAAGUAUCCCUGUUUGUUCAAGGUCUGGUGAUAUCAUUGAACCUUUAUUAAAGUCUCAAUGGUGGGUAUCUCAAACUGCAAUGGCUAAAGAUGCCAUAAAAAGGGUUCGAAACAAGGAAAUUAAGAUCCAACCAACCACUGCAGGAUCAGAUUAUUUCAAAUGGUUAGAGAAUAUCAAAGAUUGGUGUAUAUCGAGACAACUUUGGUGGGGACAUAGGUGCCCAGUGUAUUUUAUUGAUCUUGAAAAUGGUAAAAGUGAUAAAAAUCAAAGUAAAUAUUGGGUUGCCGCUGCAAAUAUAGAAGAUGCGAAAAUUAAAGCAAAGAAGAAAUUCCCAAGUAAGAGAUUCGAUUUAAAACAGGAUGAAGAUGUACUGGAUACUUGGUUUUCUUCUGCCUUAUGGCCUUUAUCUACUUUAGCUUGGCCUUCUCCAAAUAAAUCUCUUUCUCAGUUUUAUCCAUAUUCUAUCUUAGAAAGUGGAUGGGAUAUAUUAUUUUUUUGGAUCACAAGAAUGAUUCUUUUAACCACAAAAUUGACAGGUAUUAUUCCAUUUAAGGAAGUAUUUUGUCAUCCUUUGGUUAGAGAUGCACAAGGUAGGAAAAUGUCCAAAUCCUUAGGAAAUGUUAUAGAUCCAAUUGAUAUUAUUAAUGGAACAACGUUAUCGGAACUUCAAAAUAAAUUGAAAAAAGGGAAUCUUCCUAACAAAGAAAUAGAGUUAAUGACGAAACUUCAAAAAAAAAGUUUCCCUAAUGGUAUCCCUAGGUUAGGUGCAGAUGCCUUGCGUUUUACUUUAUGUUCCUUUACUAGUAACAAUAAUUCAUGUGAUAUAAAUUUAGAUCUUAAAAAGAUAGAAGAAAAUAAAAGGUUUAUAAAUAAAAUAUAUCAAGCAGUCAGAUUUUUACUAUUACAUUCAAGAGAGACAGUGUAUAAUGAUAGUGAUAAAAAAUUGCAACUGAUAGACAAAUGGGUACGGUGUCAAUUAAUCCACACAUCUAAUAGAAUAAAUGAUUAUUUUGAACAAAGAAAUUUCAUGGGUGUAACAAAUGAAUUGUAUCAAUUUUGGUAUCUGAUAUGUGACAAUUAUAUUGAAUAUGUAAAAUUUGUUUUGUCAAAGGGGACUUUAGAAGAAUGCAGAAUUGCAAUAAACAAUUUACAAUACAUUAUAGAUAAUGCUCUUUGUUUAUUGCAUCCAAUGAUGCCAUUUGUAACAGAAGAGUUGUGGCAACUUUUGCCUAAUAGAACCGAAAGAGAUAUAUCAAUAUCUGUAGCUCCGUAUCCAAGUUUCAAAGAGAUUAAUAAUAAUAAUAAUAAUAAUAAUAACAUCACAAAGAAUCCUGAUAAUAUUAUUGGAGAUGAAAUUUGGUCAGUGAUUCAAAAUAUUAGAUCUUUAUGUGAGUUAUAUGGUAUUAGAGAAAAAGGAAUUGUUAAGAUAAGUACCAAGGACAAAGAUUUGUUGCAACAGUUAAAUAAUGGUACUCGUGAUAAAACCACCAUUAUUGAAAUGAUAAAACAUUUGACAUAUCCGAAAAUAGAUACUAUUGUUGUUGAAGAAACGAUUAAUGAAAUGAAGUCCACUGAUUGGGUAAAUAAAUAUAUCGAUUCUCGAGUAUCAAUUUCUAUAUCUUUAAAAAACCAAGUUCAGGAUGUCAGGAAUACAGUAAAGAAAUAUUGUAAAAAAAUUGAGAAAUUGAAACAAAAAUUGACAACGUUAGAAAGGACCAUCAUGACAGAGAGUUAUAAAAACAAUGUUAGUGAGAAAAUCAGAAAAAUAAAUAAUCAAAGAAUCAAUGACUUAAAAGCAGAAAUUGAUACUUAUCAGGAGACAGUGAAUAAAUUAGAGAACAUCUUGUAA